GUUAGUCAGGUUGUGAUCUGUCACAAAUCCAUAGGGGCUGACCAAAGAUGUCAACAUAACUGGCAGAGACUUAUUUAGGGCUGUGGCUCCUCAGAUGCUCACCAGCAGCUGUUGUGCAUGUGUGUGUGAGCGCAUGCGUGUCUGGACUUUCCCUUUCUUCUGAUCGGACAAGUUUUGUCUGGAAAUCACAGUCACCAUGACUCUCCAGUGGACGGCUGUGGCUUUCUUCCUCUAUGCAGAGAUAGCAGUCAACCUCAUCUUGUGUAUACCCUUCAUAUCAGCACGGAGAUGGCGUUCAGUUUUCGGCUGGAGGAUAUGGAACUGGUUGACUCCAUAUUGGAACAAAUGCUUCUUUACUAUGAUCAUGGUUCUUAUUGUUCUUUUCCUCGAUGCUGUCCGUGAGGUGCAGAAGUACUCAGGUCCCGAGCCCAUGCACGACGCCAAGGUGAACCCGAAUUUGUACGACAACGUCCACAUGAAGCUGUUCAGAGCUCAGAGGAAUCUCUACAUCUCUGGCUUCUCGCUCUUCCUCUGGCUUAUCAUGCGUCGGAUUGUCACCCUGCUAAACCAGGUUGCUGUCAGUGUGGAGAACAGUGCAGGUCUGCAGGCACAGAUGGACAGUGCUGUCAAAGCAGCCAAACAGCACCAGGACGACAACCUGAUGCUCAAACAAGCUCUCUUGAAUGAGGAAAAAGCCAUGUCAGCGAAAAACCAGCAACUGAAGCUGGAGGCUAAGAAGCUGGCAGAUCAAGUUAAGGCUGCUGAGGAGGCUGUGCACAAGUCUCAGGCUGAAGUGGAGGCCAUGAAGAGGCAGGCCAAAGGUCUGGCACAGGAGUACGACAGACUACUGACGGAACACCAUCAGCUCCAGAAUCUCCAGAGUCCUGCAGACAAAAAGGAUCAGUAACAACAGGAACACAGUGACAAUUGUUUCCAGGAUUCUCCUCAACACCUUUUCUUCUCAUUAUACACCAGAACUGUGUGCUGUGUGCAGGAAGCCACCAGAGGCAAUGUUUGUAUGAUCUUUUAUAACUUUCAUUUUCCUUUGAAGCUUGAACCGAGGCACAAUUUCUUUAUUUGAUGGGAUUAAACAAACAGUAGAGUGCAGUGUAUCUGAUAAACAGGAGCAGGUCUAUUUUCAAAUGCUGAAAACAUCUUCUCACUAAAGUCUUUAUCAGGAACAUGAACCAUUUAUUUUUGCCUGUUACUUAUGAGUAAUAAAAAGGUACAAAUGAAUUUGAA